AAAAAGAUGGUCGCUGAGUCCCAAGUAUCGUUAGUUUUCAAUCAAAGACUAGCGAGGGUUCAGGGCUGUAUGCUUGGUAAACCUAAGAAAAUAGUGGAAUCAAUUGAUCUUGUCAGUCUACAAAUACUUCAGAAGACUAUAACUGGUCUACUGGACCAAGUUGAGGGAAGUAGGACGGAGAAAGAACGGGAAAUCUUUCUCUUUCUUCUCAUUAACACUCAACUCAAGUGGGAGGAGAAUCUGUUGGAUAAUGAUAAUUAUUCAAGUUUAUCCAAGAUAUGCACACAGCUCACUGUACAACAGUUUAUAGAUACCUUAAGUAAAACUGGAUUAUGGCAGUUUCUGUUCGAUUCCGCACCAUUUCUUCCUCAUACCGUGCUUUCUCUUCUUCUUCACGAGACAGCAGAGCUGCUUAAGAAGAGUUUAACUGCUUCAUCGGGAGCAGCUGAAUCCUUGAAUAGCUUCGCUGCUUCUGAUCUGAAUACUACAGCGGUUUGGACUGGAUUAGGAAAAGCAGCAAAGUUCCUCAACAAUGAAGAAAAUUGGAUAAAAGAUUAUCUCAGUCAGAUUCUACGACCUGGAAACAACAAAACCUCCCGGAUUUACAACUUCCUCUCACUUCUGACCGUACUCCGGGGACACCUGGAGAACAGCAGUAGACCUCAGGAGCUCAUGAACUUCUACAGAUUCCACCAGGAGAACAGGACGGAUACAGGAACAAGGACGGAGAUACUUCAACCUCUCUUGGUCGCACUCAGAGCUUUCAUUGAAGAUUUUAGUUUUGAAUCUUGGAUUGAACUGAGUGAGGUGUCUAGUGUACAGCUGAUGAGAACCAACUAUAUAUCGGGAGUGUGGAGGGAUCCUCAUGUACCGUCUCAUGUACAGUUUAUUGCCGCGCAUUUACUGCACGAGUGUGCCACUCUUCUUAAAAGUAAUGUAGAUGGCAAGGAGAGUCAGGACGCAUUGUUGAAUGUUAUCUCCGGGUUCUCCUGUGAAUACAGGAGGGAACUUGAACUCAACCUGGAUGAACUAAAGCUUGACGAGAUCCUGACCAACCUGAAGAUAUCAGGACUUGAAGAUUGGAAGAUACAAGCUUAUCUAGAUAAAAUUGUAUCUGCCCAUCUACCGGAAGUUCUGAAACUAGACGAAAAUAUCAAGAUUCUAAGUGAGCAUGUAUCAAAGCUGACCGGCGCCCUAACCGGCCUCUACCUGGAGCUGACAGGUCAACCUGAUAUUCCAGAGUUUCAGAGACAAUUUCUAGUUCGUAUUGCUCGAUGCAGUUCUUCAGAGGAUCUGUUAAACCUUCUCCGGGUAGACCUAGAACCAGGGAGAAGGUUUGAUGUCCUAGAGACGGAUUCAUUCGAUCUUGAGUUCGUCCAAGCUCUAAACAAAGCCUCCGGUGUGGAAAAUGACGAGGUUCGUCAGGACUUUCUCAUACUUGCUCUGCAGAACGGAGAGAAAACUGUUGAAACCUUGGUGGAGGAAGGUUCUAAAAACUCUGGACAGAUUGGAUCAAUCUCUAGGAUACUUCGAUACCUUGAACCUGUGUGUACCCGGAGUAAGGACGGGACGAGUAUUCUCGGAGAAAUAUUUAUCAAAUACAUCCUGCAGAAAAGAGCUGAAGAGAAUAGUCUAGAACUGUUUCUGCAGUUGGGAGGAUACACCCUGAUAUACUCUCUUCAACUUUAUCCUAGUCUUCUACAAACUAUAUUCAAUCUGUUUAAUCAAAAUCAGGAUAUUCUCGUUCUUGUAGACCUAACAGCAAAAAUAUUGUCCUUACCGGAGUUUAUCUCUAGUCUCCCAGAGACCGAGAGAAAUGAAACCUUAGUUCUCUUCUCCGUCCUGCUGAACUCAACCAACCCAACCCAGUCAGAGAAUGGUUUCAAACUCCGGGAGGUUUGUAUCCAGGUUUUCAAUUUGUUGAUGAAGAAUCUAGAGGGGGGCAGCCAUCUUGGAUCUCUCCUUCAUCCGUCCCUCCUCUCAUAUUUUUUGGCGGGAAAAACUCCUUGUUUACUGAGCUGUAUUCAGUACUCCUACUCGCAGGGAGGAUUGGUUGAAGAUGUAGUGCAAAGAUUACUUCCUCUGGAGAAUUUAAAAGAAGAAAUUCUGGCGCUUCUUCCCAUACUGAUGAAACAGGAAUUCAUCAUUCUUCUCCAGGUGUUGGUUCGUUUGCAUGAUCAAGGCAAGAUCUUGAACCCUGAACAGAGUGAACAGUUGAACCCUGAGCAGAGUAAAACAUUAAACCCUGAGCAGAGUGAAACAUUGAGCACUAAGCAGAGUAAAAUCUUGAACCUUGAGGAGAGCAAGAUCUUGGACCUGGAGCAGAGUAAAUCAUUCAACCCUGAGCAGAGUAAAACAUUAAUCUCUGAGUUUAAGUCGCUGAAGAUUAUCUCUGAUUGUGUCCGGAUUCUGGUUUUAUCUCCGGGAAUGAAGAUGAGAGUAGAGAAUGUAUAUUUAAACUACUGUUCCCUGUUCUCUGGUGUAAUCAAGACAGCAGACAUGAAUCUCCUUGUUCAUCUUUACAACCUUUCUAUCUGUGAUAUCGCCAUUAUUAAAGGAGACGAUGAAGAACUUGAAUCCGUCGUAAACUCUGGAGUCGGAGAAGAAUCCGUCCUUGAACCUGGAGCCGGAGAAGAAUCCGUCCUUGAACCUGGAGCCGGAGAAGAAUCCGUCCUGGAUUUACCAACCAAGAACCGGAUUCUGGACCUGUUAUGGUCGGUGAGCCAAGGUUCUGUGGCUCAGCUCCUGAACCUGGCUCCGGGUGAGGAGGAGAUCAAGAGUAUUCUCAUCCCUCUUCAGAUCUUUAAAUCUAACCCAGGGAAGGAAACGAUUAUACGAAUGGUGGAAAAUUAUUUAGAAAAAUAAAUGUUAAGGAACUUUA